AUCUAGACACAUGCUUAGCUUUCUGUGGUAAUCAAAUGUGAGACUGAUCUGAUGUCACAGACAGGGUCUCCAAACUGCAGAAAUUGUGCUGACCUAUUAGGAAGUUUCCGACACUUCGUAAAAACCUCACCUUUAAAAUGAAGAAUUAAUCUCUGUGCCUUUCACAAUUUAUGACUCACAGCUAUCAGAUGCAGCACUAAUCUCUCCUCCUCAAAGCACUAUUUCCUGGCGAUGUUGGGGAUUUUAAGCACGGUCAUCAUGGCCCUCAUCUCAAUCGCUGCUACCUGCCCUGCCUCACCAUGUCAAUGUCUGGACAACGUCACAGUCAGCUGCCCGGACAAGAGGCUGAAGAAGUUCCCUAACCUCCCCGAUGGUACUGAGGAGCUUUAUAUGGCCCACAACCUGAUCCAGGCAUUCCCCACCAGUGGACUGGAGCAGCUGCAGUUCCUGGAUCUCACCAAAAACCGCCUCAAUGUCUCCUUGACCUCCAACUUCAUCUGGCCCAACAUGAGCAGCCUGGUCAAGCUGUUUCUCAGGGGUAAUUGCCUGGGUUCACUGGGCCCUGGGCAGCUCCAAGGCCUCUCAGCGCUCACCUUAAUGGACCUCAGUGAGAACCACAUGGAGGCCCUGCACCCAGGAUCUCUCCAAGGCCUUGGUCAAUUGAAGACUCUCAUUCUCACACUGAACCAGAUCAACAGCCUGCAGUACGGGGCACUGAGUGGUGCCCCUGCACUCACUGACCUUCACCUGAGCAGCAACAGUAUUGUGGAGUUUGGAGAAGGGGUGUUUGAGAACUCCUCCAAGUUGGUAAAGCUGAUUUUGUCCAAGAACAACUUGGUUAGCAUUGGGAAUGGCACAUUCAGGGGAGCAGUUAACCUGAGUCAUCUGGACCUCAGUGGAAACAGGUUUGAUUUUGUGCCCAUUGCUGCCCUGAGGGAUGUGUCACAGCUGCACAGCUUGUACCUCCAGAAGAACAGCAUCACCUUCAUACCAGAAGAUGCUUUCUCUGAGCUCAGCCAUCUAAGGAUUUUGGUUUUGAAUAAUAACUGCCUGCGCAGAAUAGCUGAGGACUCAUUGAGCGGUCUAUUCCAUCUCAGUCAAUUGGAUCUGAGCUACAAUAACCUCAAAUCCCUCCCCUCUGAAGUUUUUCAAUAUCUAGGCAGACUGGAGCUCCUGGAUCUCUACCAUAACAACCUGACAUACCUUCCAGAGGACCUGUUUCACAACCUAACUAGGCUGAGAGAGCUGCAGCUUGACAGCAACAAGAUCUCAUCCAUUCCACCAGGGCUCUUUCACAUGAUGUCUAAGCUAAGGGAACUCCAGCUGGCCAACAAUCAGAUAUCUGACCUCCACAAAGCAUUGUUCUCCAGCUUGAGGAGCCUACGGAAACUCUACUUGGACAACAACGUACUAAGCAAGAUUCCCAGAGGCCUAUUCCACAAGACCAAGAGUCUCAGGGAGCUACAGUUAGACAAUAACCACCUCAGGUCUCUCGCUAGGUCCAUCUUCCAUGGUCUGACAAAACUCCACUUCCUGAAGCUCUUCAACAACCGUCUCACAGCAAUUCACCCUGAGCAGUUUUCUACCCUUGGUGAACUGAGAGAGCUCCUGUUGAAUGAAAACCUGAUUGAAGAUCUUCCAAACGGCUUAUUUUCUAAGCUUCGAAGCCUCAAGAUUCUGGAUUUGAACAACAACCGCCUCACAGCACUGGCUUCUACAGACUUUGAUGGGUUAGGUGCCCUAAAGGAGCUUAAUCUCAGCUUCAACCAGCUUCAUGAUCUCCCAUAUGCCACGUUCUACUCCCUGGAUGAUUUACGUAGACUCCUUCUCCAGAACAACCGCUUGGUGUCCUUGCAUCCUCAAGUUUUCUCCCCCCUGGUCGACUUACAGGAGCUUGACCUGGACAACAACCAGAUCAAAGUGCUACACCCUAACGUGUUUCAAGGCCUUCACCACCUCCAGAAACUGCACCUGAAAUCAAACCGCCUCAGUACUCUUGUGAAUGGGACACUGGAGCCUCUGGAGAGCCUGAAGAUCCUCCACCUGGAGGGGAACCCCUGGGACUGCUCUUGCAGAUCACCCAUUCUGUACAUCAAUAACUGGAUUAUCAACAAUACCCAGAAGCUACAGGACAAACCCAUGUGUUCCUCAAUCAACCGACCCAUUUCACAGCCUGCAAAUCUAUUAAAACCCUGUGUGAGCGUUGCAUGCUGCCCCAGAAGCAAAUUUCCCCUAGAGAUGCUGACAGUGCUUACAGCUUGGCUUCUAGGUAUUGGUUUUCUGUGACUUCCUUUUGCGGUUUCUUUCCUGUUUUCAGAUGAUUAUGUUUAUUGCUUUCAUGCAACUGUCUAUUGCAAAUGCAUUGUUAGAAUCUAAGUUGAUGUAGCGUAAAGAUUAAAAUACCAUGGAAUUGUGUUUUUAAAUAAACUCAGCAAAAAAAGAAACGUC